CUCCCGGUUUUUUUAUCCGCAAUCGCAAGGCCACAUGAUCGCAUCCCCGGACGUGGAGACGUACGCCGGGCGCCCGGUAUAAAAGGAGGCCGAACCGCCGGGAGCAGAAGAGGAGAGCCCGGCUGGGAGAAGAACAGCUAGGUAGGAUCGAUCGACAUGGACAGACCAGACCACCACCAGCACCAGUUCUUCAUGCCACCGCCGGUGCAGCAGCAGCAGCUGUGCGUGCCGAUGAUGGACGAGCAGUCGUUCUUGGCGGGGAGGGGCGGCGGCGGUACGGCGGGGAGGGGGGAGAGGAAGCGGCGGUUCACGGAGGAGCAGAUACGGUCGCUAGAGUCCAUGUUCCAUGAGCACCACGCCAAGCUGGAGCCCCGGGAGAAGGCGGAGCUGGCGCGCGAGCUGGGGCUGCAGCCGCGGCAGGUGGCCAUCUGGUUCCAGAACAAGCGCGCCCGAUGGCGUUCCAAGCAGCUCGAGCACGACUACGACCAGCUCCGCGCCAAUUACGACGCCCUCCACGCCCGCGUCGAGUCGAUCAAGCAGGAGAAGCUCGCCCUCACCGCACAGUUGCACGAACUAAGCGAGAGGUUGAGGAAGCGGGAGGACCGGGGCGGCAGCGUUGGCGCGACGACGGCUAGCAGCAGCAGCUGCAACGGCGGCGUCGGAGAGGAGGCAGAGGACGAAAAGAGGAAAGUCCUCUCGUGCGUCGACACGGAGCCGCCGGAGAGCUGCGUGUUCGGCGGGGCGUGCGCCACGCCGGUGGACGUCUCGGUGGAGUCCGAGUGCGACGACCACCGCCUCGACUACGAGCAGGGGUUCCCGGAGUCCUUCUGCGCCACGCCGGAGCUGUGGGAGCCCUGGCCGCUCGUCGAGUGGAAUGCGGUGGCCUGAAACGGAAAAAAAAUAGUACAUAGAUUUGUGUGUAUAAUGUACGUGCAUGGUGCUACGGUGCUCUUGCUCUCCAAUAUCACAAAGAAAUUCUAUGACAUCUUUCACCGAAAAA